ACCUUAUACUCGCGCUCCCUCGCCAGGAAGGAACCGCCGCCUCAGUCGUCGCUUUAUUUACAAAGUUUAAAUCCUGGGUUCGUCUGUGUCUCUCAGCGGAAGCAGGCCAAGGUAGCAGCUGAGGCAAAGCAUGCACAACAAGUGAACUCCAGGACCAGUCUAGUGAUUGCAUUAAAUUAGGGAACAUGUCGGGAGAUACAGCAACAGCGCGGUCAGAGAAGAGGCGCCAUGAUGACCAGGCAGAGAACCAGGAUGCCUCUCCUCCGAAGGUUGUAACAACACCCCAGAGAUCAAGGGGAAAACAGUCUGCUUUGGAGAAAAAAGAGGACAUGAAUGCAAACACACCAAGAACCAGAAGCCGCACACCACUGGUGGAGAAAAAUGACAAGGCCCAAGGAAGCAGUACUCCAACCCCAAGGAGGACAAGGAGCAGGAGCCCGACAUCGCAGAAAAGAAGUGCUGACACGGCAAAGCUCACACCGAUAUCAAGAAACAAAGUUAAGAGCCGUUUAUCAGAGGAAGAAGAUACUCCACACCCCCAGCCCACACCCACACUGAGGAGCCGGCCCAAGGCACUCGCAUUCGAGAAGCAGGAAGGCAAUUCCUCGCCCACGCCCACGCCCAUGCCCAUGCCAAGGAGCAGAAGCAAGACUCCCUCAUCAACAAAGGGCGAAUCGGCAACCAAAUGCACACCUAACACAAGGAGGAGGAGUAGAAGCCAGACUCCUGCUUCAUCACAGAAAGAAUGCAUCACCACGCCACGAAGAGCCAGAAGCUCUGCGAGGGACGACUCCAAGACCCGGUCGAAGAUUCCUGUCCCAUCCUCCAGGAGCAUGAUUGUCCAGGCUGAAGAGAACGAAGGACAAGUAGGACACUUGGAGAAGAGCAGCAGUAAGGAGGCAGAGAUGAUGGAGGAAGACCUGGCAACCACAUGUAAGGGAUCAGAGGAGGGAAGUGAAUUGACAGCUGACGUUCCAAAGACAGCGCCAAAAGAGACAAGCCUGAGCACCUCGGGGUCCUCAGAUGAGACUGUGCAAGGGGCGUCGGAUCUUAGUGGGUCGUUGGAAAGCUCAGCUCCUGAGGUCAGAAAGGAGCUUCAGACAGAGAUGGAUAAAGUCAAGAGAAGGAGAUCGACGGUGGGUAGAGGCAGGAAGUCGAUUCAGAGCAUGGGGGGGCGGAGGUCGCUCUGUCCAGCAGUUCCAGUUCUUUCAUUGCAAGACCAAAUUGAAAGCAUUGCAAAGACUCUGCCGCAGACUACAAAGGUGAGCCACUUGAUUGACAUUAGUGUGAGGGAGGCACUUCGACGUUUGGAACAGAGGCUAGAGGGGGAUGAGUGUGUUUCUGAUCUCCGGUUGGACCUCCUAACCCAGUCAGAGGACAUUGCAGCCAAGGUGUCAUACGUGGUGGCUGGCCAGCCAUUAGUCGUUGAAGGUCCUUCACCGUCUCCUGCUGCGACGGGAGACAACAAAGAGAAUAUUCACAAAAGAAUUGCAGUUUACAAGAAGAAAACAAGAGAGCUUGAAGAGGAAUACAAGGCUUGGAAAACCUUAAUGAAGCAAAGAAAGCAGACAUACCAAGCUGCUGAAAGAGAAUUCCGUGAAGCAAAGUCCGGCGAGACCAAGAUUGAGGAAGACCAGAUCAAGCAGAUGACGAGCAUCCAUCGCAAUCUCCUAGCCAGCAGGCCUAAUUACCACCAUUACAUACAGGAGCUGCAGACUGCGAGGGAACGAGCAUCGCUGAUGCUGCAGGAGGUGAACUACACAGCUGAAGUCGUAUCCAGCUUCAUCAGCACAUCCAAAGCUGAGGCAGAGAGUUGUUAUGCUGCUAUUGAGGAGCUGAGCUUUGGUUUCCUGAAGAAUCGUCCAGUGAAGAACAUGCUCAAGUCGAUGAUAGAACCAAGUGAAGUUGCCGUUUAAAAUGCAUAUGGGACGGUCUUUGGUUUUCUCCUUCUUCUCCUUUCCCUUUUUGUACAUAUUUUCAGGAUUCUUUACACUUAGGAAGUUGCCCAUUAUUCGCAAAUGUAAAUAGAUAGGUCCCGAAGCAUAAUAGGCUUUUAAAAGAUAUAUAACAUUUGGUGCACAUGUCUUACCACAAGUGUUAGAUCUUGAUGCCAUGGUACACACAUACCUUUGUAGGAUUUGUAUAACAGUCUAUAUUUUCAUACUGUUAUUAAUAUAGAGACAAAGUUUCAAAAACUAAUAUUUUUACCGGUCUUUCAAGGUCUAUUGAAGCUUUUAAAUUUCCCUUUUGUCUGGGAAGGUUUUUCUUUGUUUAGUAAAAACCUGUGCUAAUUUCCAUGGAAGCUUUGUGUAUAUCAACCUGUUCUUCCUCUGUAAAAAAAAAGAUAGUAAUCAUAUUAAAUUUUAUUAUAAUGGAAUUUAUAUUAUUACAAAUGCUUAUGUUCUCUAAUACAUUGCCUCUCUAUGCAUGUUCGAUUUAACUAGUAACUGGAUUUUUAGCAGAAUCAUAAAUAAACUAUAUCUGUUUAGCGUUAUUUUUGGUUUGAAAAUUCUGCCAUUUCCAUACCAAAUUUGUGGACCUGAAGCUGUAUAUAAAUGAUUUUUGAUAACUUA